AUGGGAAAUGGCAAUUGUGGUCUCACUGUUCACAAUCCUGGUGCCCAUCUAGCAGACUAUGUUGAAGGAUGGGGUCCCCUGUGGGCAUGGUCCACCUUUGGGUUUGAGGACAUGAAUGGAACCAUCAUGGACUUGACACAUGGCACAGGAAAUGUCUGUAGACAGCAAAGUUUAAGUGCAACGAAUUCUCAAGAAUGGAGAAGUGUUAAAUACUUUAAGGAGUACACCAGAAUGGUAGAGCAGAAUGGCUAUGUUGUCUUGUUUGCAUGUGGCAAGGUUGGAGAGGUUGAGUGUUUUGUUUGGGAUAGGCAGUCUGGGAUCACAUUGGCAGUCUUUAGAGAAGUACAGCCAGAUCUCCAGAAUCCGUUCUUCUUUAGUGAGGCUGGUCAUCACAUAUUAAGGAUGAAACAGGAAUGGAAACUCGAAAUCAAGGAAAAGGUGUUAUUUCUUGAAGGUAACAGUGACCACCUCUGUCUUGUCUGCAUGCCAAAUGUUUGUGGAGUGUGUGGAUAA